AUGCCGCUGCCGAGACCAGCUGCCCUCCGGGGCUCCAUCCAAUCCUUUUCUCUCAAGCGCGCAGGAAUCCAAGCUCGGACGAGCCUUCGUGGUGUCAGUCGGAGGACAUAUGCCACUGAGCAUGGCGGACAAAAGAGCAGCGACCUUCCCUGGUUAAUCGGUUCGAUCGUCGUCACUGUCCCAGCUGCUGGCUGGCUAUGGCAGCAAGGACCCACCAAGUCCGACCAUGGUCAUGGCCAUGACGCUCAUGCUGAAAAGGAAGUUGAAGAUGCACCUGCUGAGGAGCCAAAGGAAGAGGAAGAAUCACCUAAGGAGGACUCAGGCGAGGACGAUGGCGACAAGCAGGAGGAGGGUAAGGAGGAAGGAAAGGAGGAAGAGAAAGAGGAAGGAAAGGAACAAUCCGACGAUCAGGGUGAAAACAAAGAUAAGGAGGUGACUCCCAAAGGCACGGCCAUAUCCGAUGACAACGCGAGGGCGUCAGAGUCAAAAGGCGCCAAAGAUGCUCAAGGCGAUGUCUCUGGUUCGAACAACCCCUUCAUGGGUUCAUCAGGAGAGGAACACAAGCCUGAGGGACCGGCAGCGACGGCGAAGCUUCACGGCACCGUCGACAAGUCCAAGAGACCCGAGGAACCGCCCCGGCCUGACGAGACAGACCAGAAAAAGCAGCAGGAGUGA